AUGCCAGAGGAGAUGCAAGGGCGUGUACUGGAACUACCAUACCAGACUCAUGAGGUUUCUGAUGGUCACUCCAUUGCUCAUUAUAUCAAACAGAAAUUUGAUGAAGACUGUGGAGGGGCAUGGCACUGUGUGGUUGGCAAAGAGUUUGGCUUCUGCAUCGCUCACCUAUGUGGAACUUUCAUCUUCUUUGGGGUGGAGAUGAUGGAGUUUCUCAUCUUCAAGGAUGGCAACGACUUCAGCCUCACCAAGGAAGAAGCUGCUGCAACUGCAAGACUCCAGCAAAAAAGAGCAACGACUGAUAAUAGAUUUGUAUAAAUAUCUCAUUUUGUAUGCAAAUAAAUUCUGAACCGUGUUCCUGUCGAGAAUGUUUGUUUCUUCUCAUGAACCAUUCAAAAUGGAAUAUAUCAAACAUAAUGGACUAAAUAAACACAGGAAGGAAUGACAUAGUUUCAACUCUUUCAAAUCAUCAUGAUCUUUGCUGGAUAGUCAAAGGAAUGAAAUAAUGAAACAAGUGGAACGUAACAUGGGAUCAUCAUGAUCUUUCAUUGAUGCUCUACCAGAAAUGGAAGAUAUUUUACCUGAAAGGAAGGAAGAAGGGUUGGUAUUGUGAAUGACAGAAUGAGUAAGGAGGAGGUAAUCUGCAUCCCGAGGAUUAGAGCCGAAAUGUGAAACGGCAAUCCAAACCUCAGGAUGCAGAUUACCCAAUCCUGACCCAAAUAUUGAUGCGAGACAAAAACCGACAUAGUAGCUCUCUAAUAUCUCUGUAGGGGACUUUCAGCAGAAGCUCCUACACUGGUAGUGAUGAUGUGCAUUGAUGAUUUAGGGGGGAGGAAACUUAUAGGGGGAGCUCAGAAAGC